CGGACAAUUGGUCCGGGUGGAGAAGUUGUUUUUUUUUGUUCCGAGAGCCGGUGACAAAUUAGCUGGCUGAACCCAGUUAAAUCUAAUUCACAUUUGUUUGACUACAGGGACUCUCAUUUAACAUCACAUCAUGGCAGUGAACACAGGCACCUCUCUCGUCCUGUCCAGCCUGCUGUCGGUGCUGGUAUUUGCUGGGAUGCAGAUGUUCAGCAAGCAGUUGGGAUCCACUGAGUGGCUCACAAUCCUGGGAGGUUUCCUCGGCUCAAUCCUCUUCAUCUGCUCCCUCACUGCAUUUAAUAAUAUGGAAAAUCUGAUUUUUGGGAAGGGAUUCCAAGCCAAGAUUUUCCCAGAGAUUCUGCUGUGCCUGUUCCUGUCACUGUUUGCCUCUGGUCUGGUACACCGUGUCUGUGUCACCACAUGCCUGAUAUUCUCCCUCUUUGCCUUGUACUACAUCAACAAAGUAUCGGCAGCUCUCUACCAGGCAUCUGCUCCCGCAAUAACUCCAGCAAAAGCUGUCGGCAAGGGCAAAAGGAAGAACUGAUGAAUCUGUUGGAUCCCAUUUGCAUUCAGUACAUCGGUUAAUAUUAUCCAGCUGCUGAUGGCCAGUACAACAGCUGCUUCAUAUUUUGUAUUAUUGUCUCGAAUCCAUAAACGUAGGUGUAUUUCUGAAGGCUUUUUAAAGAUUACUGGGGAAGUUA